AUGAAGUACGCUACGCUGAACACUGGUGCCAAGGUCCCCAUGGUGGCCAUGGGCUGCUUUAUGGGCAAGGGAGCCAACCCGGGUGACCCUGAUGAAGCGGGUGAUGCUACCAAGAUGGCCCUGGAUGUGGGCUACCGCCACUUUGACACGGCCGCCCUCUACAAGAACGAGGCGCUGGUCGGCCAGAUUCUGCGCGAGAGCAAGGUGCCGCGUGAGGAGCUGUUUGUGACUACCAAGGUGUGGAACGACCGCCACCACGAUGUCGAGAAGGCGUUCUUCGAGUCGUUGGACCGCCUCAACAUCGAGUACAUCGACCUGCUGCUGAUGCACUGGCCGAUCUCUUCGAAGCCGGGCAAGGACUUUGAGAAGGACGAGACGACCAACUUUGUGGAGGCUUGGAAGCAGUUCGAGAAGCUCAUUGAGACGCACCCUGACAAGGUCAAGGCGAUCGGUGUGAGCAACUUUAGCGUGAAGACGCUCACGGAGCUGCUGAAGCACGCCAAGAUUGUCCCGGCGAUGAACCAGGUGGAGACGCACCCGUACAACCAGGAGACGGAACUGCUGGAGCUUUGCAAGAAGAACGGCAUUGUCAUGUCGGCGUACUGCCCGCUGGGCCAGGCCGGCUCGCCGAUCCUCAAGGACGAGGACAUCCUGGCUGUGGCAAAGGAGGCCAACGCCACCGCGGGCCAGGUCAUCCUUAGCUGGAACGUGCAGCGUGGUGUCGUCGUCCUGCCGAAGAGCACGCACAGGGAGCGCCUUGCGCAGAACAUCAACACGGUGCAGCUGACUGAUGCACAGAUGGACCGUGUCAACCGCAUCGCGCAGGACCCGAACCGUCGCUGCCGUUUCUGCGCCGUGUACGACCCCGAGACCAAGACGGUGCUGGGCUGGACGUACGAGGAGCUCGGCUGGGAGAGGCCUGCCAACGUGGAGUAA